AUGAGUAUACAGCUGUCGAAGAUGCACACCUCCACGAACGCUUUCAUGGUCGUGGCUCUCGCGUCCGCGGCUACUGCCCAGUACGCCCUCCCCGACAAGGAUGUGCCGUACAUCGGUGGCAACGUGUUCAAUCCUAAUGAUCCGGCUGUGGCCAACUACCCCUUCUCCUACACCCCUCCCUUCUCACCGGAGCAGUAUGGCGGCUACUACUUCUGGUCGGUGAACAACAAUACCGUUAGCGGUUCCAAUUUCACCGGCUACGGUCCGAAGGAGGGCUAUCAUAUUCCGUCCGGUGCAGCCGGCAAGUUCCCCUUCUUCCAGAUUAGCGAGGCCAACCCCAAGGCCAUCAACAGCUCCAAGCUCUUCGCUACUUGCAACUCGUCUUCGGUUAAUUCCUGCGCAACCACGCAGUGCGAGGGCAAGUUCAAGAAGAUCUUACACAUCGUCUUCGAGAACGAAGUCUACGAGUGGACUAUGGGCCAGGCCUACUGGCAGUUGCUGGCUACCCGGGGCAAGCUGCUGACCCGUAGCUACGCUAUCACUCACCCGUCCCUGCCUAAUUACGCUGCCCUAGUCGCGGGUGACUUCUUCGGUAUGGCUGAUGAGGACUUUUACAAUGUGAACGCCACUAGCAUCUACGACCUUCUGGAGGCUAAAGGCAUUUCCUAUGGCACCUACGCCGAGUGGUACAACCCUAUCGCCACGCACCGUGGUGCAAACGACUGCAACAACUAUAUCUAUAAUGGCCCUAUAGACAAUACCAAUCCCACCUGGUGGGCUCAGGUGUACCGCCGCCUAGACGUCCCAGCCCUGCUAUUCAGCACAUAUACGGGCAACUACGAGCGCUGCAGCAAGAUAUACGGCGCUAACAACACCUUCGCCGACGCCGUCAAGUCGCACACUCUGCCGGAGUACUCGUACUACGUGCCGGACAUGCUGCACAACGCUCACGACCCUACCUCCGACAGCAACUAUUUCGGCCAGCCGAACACCGGUGCCGAGUGGCUCAACGCCUUCCUGGAUCUGUACCUGCCUGAACUGGAAGCCCAAGGCACCCUUGUCGUCGCUACCUUCGACGAGGCCACUUGGUGGAAUGACAGUGACGACACCCCCAACAACGACAACCAUAUUGCCACUAUCCUGUUCGGCGCCGGUGUCACCCCCAACACUACCGAUGACAGCUACAUCACCCUGUACGGCAUACUGCGCGGCUCAAUCCAGAACUUUGGUCUGGGCUCGCUCGGCCGUAAUGACACCAACGCCACCAACGGUAACCUGUUCGACCUGCUUAGAAAGGCGCCUGCCGUCGGCGAUGUGAACCCCGUCAAAUUGUAUCCAGCCUACAACUUCUCUGUGCCAAUUGACCAUUUCCACAACGAGAGCCGCUACGACCCACACUCGGAUGGCUUCUUCAACAUUCGCUACUGGUUUGACGCCACCUAUUACAAGCCCGGUGGCCCCGUCCUAGUGCUUUGCGCCGGUGAAACCUCAGGUGACGACCGAUUACCGUACCUGCAGAAAGGUAUAAUAUACCAACUCGCCAAAGAAACAAACGGACUUGGAGUCGUUCUCGAGCACCGGUACUAUGGAGAGUCCUUCCCUGUCCCGGAUUUGUCUGUGGAGAACCUGCGGUUCUUGACCACGGAUCAGUCUCUGGCAGACACGACGUAUUUCGCCAAUAAUAUCGUGUUCCCUGGCCUAGAACAUCUCAACUUAACCGCCAGUAACGCACCAUACAUCGCUUAUGGUGGCUCCUAUGCGGGUGCCUACGUUGCUUUCCUCCGCAAGCUCUAUCCAGACACAUGGUUCGGUGCCAUCUCUUCCUCAGGCGUUGCUGAGGCUCAGUGGGAUUAUUGGGAGUACUACAAUCCGAUUGCGCAAUACGGUCCGCAACCGUGCAUCAGCCUUACCCAGACACUCACCCACGCAAUGGAUAAUAUCAUCUUUCGUAAUCACGGCUACGUUCCUGAGCUGAAAGCGCUCUUCAACCUUCAGGGGCUCGAGUAUGAUGAUGACUUUAUGAGUGCGCUCUCCUACGGCCUUUCCUACUGGCAAGACCGGAACUGGGACCCGGCAGUCAACGAUCCGGACUUCGAUAACUACUGCACGAAUCUCAGUUCGAGUACGAUUAAAUAUCCUCAUUAUGUCAACCAGAAGGCCACCGCUGAGAAGUUGAUUCGUGCUGGCGGAUACGGAGAACAGGCUGCCAGCCUGGCGCCUCAUCUACUGAACUGGGCAGCUUGGAUGAACUACACUCAGAUCCAGCCGGUCCUGGAGGCCGGCUACACCGAAAGCGAGUACUUCAGCCUUCGCAACGACACAUUUUACAAACUAGAUGACAUUACCCAGACUUGGCGGUCAUGGCCGUAUCAGUACUGCACUCAGUGGGGCUACCUCUCGGUCGGCUCGACCGUGCCCAAGAACCAACUGCCCCUGAUCUCCCGCACUCAGACCAUCGAGUAUGCGAGCACCAUUUGCCGCGAGGCUUUUGGCAUCACGACACGAGCCCAUACGGAGCAGAUUAACAAAUAUGGUGGGUUUAAAAUAUCCUACCCACGUCUGGCGCAGAUUGGUGGGCAGACAGACCCGUGGCGGCCGGUGACGCCGCUCGCCGACCCGUAUCUGAACACGCCAAGCACGCUGAGCGAGCCGCGCAUUCUGAUAGAAGGAGCCGUCCAUCAUUGGGAUGAGAACGGCCUCUUCCCAAAAGAAACGACACCUAAACUACCUCCGCUUCCUGUUAGAAAGGCCCAAGAGGAGGAAGCCAAGUUUGUUGUAGCGUGGUUGAAGGAAUACAAGUCCCAGUGCUAG